UCAACAGUGCAGACUGCUGGGCUUUCAUUUCAUUAGUUUCUUCAACAAAGAUCGAAAAUGCCUGCAGUCGGAGUGAUUUCCAGUUCCGGCAACAACAAGGAGUAUCCCGGAAAGCUGACUCCUUUUGUGCUUGUAACAUGUGUUGUUGCAGGCAUGGGUGGUCUCAUUUUCGGAUAUGAUAUUGGAAUUUCUGGCGGGGUUACGUCCAUGGGAUCGUUUCUGAAGAAGUUCUUCCCUUCUGUAUACAUGAAACAGCAAGCGAGAUCUGGUACGAAUCAGUAUUGUCAGUAUGAUAGCGAGACACUGACUUUGUUCACAUCAUCGCUCUACUUGGCUGCCCUUAUAUCAUCGCUUGUAGCGUCAAUUAUUACGCGUAAAUUUGGACGCAAAUUGUCGAUGCUAUUUGGUGGUAUGCUCUUCUUUGUUGGUGCUCUUAUUAAUGGCCUUGCUAAGGCAGUUUGGAUGCUGAUUCUUGGUCGGAUUUUACUCGGUUUUGGUAUUGGUUUUGCUAAUCAGUCAGUGCCUCUCUACCUCUCUGAGAUGGCUCCAUACAAAUACAGAGGAGCACUCAACAUUGGCUUUCAGUUAUCAAUCACAAUUGGUAUUCUGGUAGCCAAUGUGUUGAACUAUUUCUUCGCCAUGAUCAAGGGCGGUUGGGGAUGGCGCUUGAGCUUAGGUGGUGCAAUGGUGCCUGCAAUUAUUAUCACCAUUGGAUCAUUAGUCCUCCCUGACACUCCAAACUCCGUCAUAGAACGUGGCAAGCACGCUGAGGCCAAAGAGAAACUCAAGAGAAUUCGUGGCAUCCACGACGUUGAUGAGGAGUUCAAUGACCUUAUAGCUGCAAGUGUUGCAUCAAACCAAGUGGAGAACCCUUGGGGAAACUUGUUGCAGAGGAAGUACAGACCGCACCUUACAAUAGCGAUAUUGAUUCCGUUCUUCCAACAACUCACUGGCAUCAAUGUGAUUAUGUUCUAUGCACCAGUCUUGUUCAAGACUAUUGGGUUUAAAGAUGAUGCUUCACUUAUGUCUGCUGUGAUCACUGGUUUGGUUAAUGUGGUUGCAACUAUUGUCUCGAUCUAUGGCGUCGAUAAGUGGGGUAGGAGGUUCCUUUUCUUAGAGGGUGGAACUCAGAUGCUGAUAUGCCAGGCAGUUGUCGCUGCUUGUAUCGGCGCGAAAUUUGGUGUGGAUGGGAACCCAGGAGAGUUGCCAAAAUGGUAUGCAAUAGUAGUGGUGCUAUUCAUCUGCAUCUAUGUAGCAGGAUUUGCCUGGUCUUGGGGUCCGUUGGGUUGGUUGGUGCCAAGUGAGAUUUUCCCACUCGAAAUCCGAUCUGCUGCUCAGAGCAUCAAUGUCUCUGUCAACAUGCUUUUCACAUUCAUCAUCGCGCAAAUUUUCUUAACAAUGCUCUGCCAUUUGAAGUUUGGUUUGUUCAUCUUCUUUGCUUUCUUUGUGAUGGUGAUGUCAAUCUUUAUCUACUUGUUCCUGCCUGAAACCAAGGGUAUCCCAAUUGAAGAAAUGAGUAUGGUAUGGAAGAAACAUUGGUAUUGGUCGCGUUUUGUGGACUGCGACGACAAGGAUUACGCCGAUGGAGGCCUUGAGAUGGGGAAGGGAAACUAGAGGUCCAAGAGUUUGAAGAAUUGAAGCUUCAGGCAUUAGUUCAUCUACUUGAACUUUUAGUUUCAAAAAAUUUUAGUCUACAAAAUGCACGAAGUGUUCAAGUCUCAGUUUUUUCAGUCUUUGUGGGGAAUGUGAGGUGAUAUUAUAAUUUUCAAGAUGUUCUAUCUUUUAAUGCUACUUCAUAGGA